AUGGAAGGAGACAAAGUUGAUGGGGCCAAGGACCACGAAUGGGACCGUCUUUCCGACUGCUGGCUGCUAGGUGACAAACUACAGUCCUCUAGCCUCCAAGAUGCUGUAGCAGACGCGCUCUGCUCUAAGAUGCGGGAUGAAGGAAGAUACCCUCUCGGCGUACACAGAAAAGCAUAUGCGAAGACUGCAAGCUCAAACACUCUGCGCCAGCUGGCGGUCGACGUCGCGGCAUACAAGUGGACGGAGCAGAGUCUGAAGAUCCAGCAAGAGGAUUCUAGCUGGAACACUUUCUUCUUCGAUCUCGCUGUGGAAAUGAAGGGCAUGAGCGAUCAGGACAGGAAGGGUUCGGGCCCGCUCUCGAAGAUCGGCUGCGCCUACCACGUUCACGGCUCCGCCAAGCCCUGUUACAUGGCAAUGUUUUGA